AUGACUUUGAUGUUUACUCCAUUAAGGCCCAUCAACUACAACCAAAUAGUGGAAUCUUCUUCUGAUAGUGAAUAUUCCGACGUGGAAGAAUAUGACCCCAGCAUGAAUCCAAACAUUCCCGGAACUUCCUCUAUCGACGCCAACAUCAACAAUAACGUCCAGAACAAUAUCAAUAACGACUCAAAUAUCAACAACAAAAGCAUUAGCAAUUCUUCAAACAUCAACAUAGACAAUAGCCACAUCAGUCACAAUAGCCAUACUGACCAUUAUAACGACGAUAAUAACGACAAUAGCAAUAACAAUAAUAAUAGUAAUAGUAAUAGUCUACAUAUCCAGAACUACACAACAAAUCUUUUGGACCCAAACCCAACUCCAAACUCGAUUAAUAAUUCAUCUGAUUUUUCGAAUAUUACAGCUCCUUCAAACAAUAUUCUCUUAAACGAUAUCAAUAACGUUAAUGAAAUUAAUGAAAUCAAUAGUAUCAACAAUAUCAGCAAUAUCAAUAGUAUCAAUAAUAUCAGUUCAAACUCCAUGUUAUUCAAUUUUAAUGAUUAUGAUGAUGGUGACGACGAUGACGACGAAUUAAAUACAAUCAAUCCUCAAUUCACUCAGGUCCAACCCCCUUUAAAUAACCAGUUUCAAAAUAUCAAUACAAACUUACCCAUGAAUGCAAAUUCUAUUCAAAAUUCAUUCAUAAACUCAAAUGAAAUUUCCAGUGAAAUUCCAAAUCAAGAUUUAACUCAAAACCAAUUUUCUAGUCAAUUUUCUAAUCAAUUUUCAAAUCAAAAUCAAAACAGUAUCUCAAUUGAAAAUGAUUUAGGUACUAUUUACCAUCAUGCUAUAACCAAUACCUCCAAAAUCCUCGUAUUAAAAAUGAUUAUAAAAGCUCAAAAGAAACUAAUGGAUAUCUUGACCGAGAAAUGGUAUGAUGUUCCAAUCAAUGAAGAAACUAUUCUAGGUAAAAAAUUGCCUUCGAAAUUAAAUCCAAACUACUUGUCAAUCAAACAACAAUACAUGGAUUAUAAAGUCAAUUUAAAGAUUAAUAAUAGCAAAAUUAAAAACGAAAAAGAUAACGUCAAUAAUGAUAAUGAUAAUGAUAAUGACAAUGAUGAAGAUAAUGAUCAUCAUGAUGACUAUGAUGAAGAUAAUGAUGAAUAUACUGAAGAUAUCGAAGACAUUGAAGAUACCAGUCGAGAAAUCAAAAGAAGUUUCAAUUUAAGAGAUCUUUAUCUUUGUUUGAAUUUUUAUAAUUCAUUAAUAAAUGAAGUUAAUAAAGAUUUGAAAUCUUAUUUAUUUAUUAUCUUUUCUAAAAACUCUAAAUUUAAUAUCCCAUCUAAUAAUAUAAACACAAACACAAACACAAACACAAACACAAAUACAAACACUUAUUAUCUACCUCUAAAUCAGAAUAAAGCUAAAAAAUUAGAUUUAUAUAAACUAAACUAUCAAUUUCCAAACGAUAUCAUUAAUAACGCUGAUCUUGAAGAAUGCUUUAAUUUAAAUAUUAUUGAUACCGAUUUAGUGGUUGAUUAUAUCAAUGAAUUUAUGGAAUAUUGGGAAAUCGACAUUUCGGGUCAACUUGAUAGACUUGAUUCACUAAACGAUUAUAAUUGCGAAAGAUUUGAUAAAUGUUUAGAAUAUAUUGUUAAUGAAAUCGAUGAUAUUGAAUCAACAUAUUACGAUUUUAAUUUUAAUCUCAAAUAA